AUGAAAUUUAUAACAUUUCCAAUUUUAUUUUUAAUUUUUUUAAACCUUUUAAAUUAUAUUCAAUCACAAUCAAUUCAAAAUAAUAAUUUUUUAAAUAUAUUAGAAAAUGAUACAGCAACAAGUUUACUUAAAAAUGUUUAUAAUAUAACAAUUGAUAAAAGUAUAGAUAUUUGCAAGUUUAGGGGAUUUUUUAAAUGUGGUCAAUAUGAUCCUUAUCAACCAAAAAUAUAUUCAAUAAAUUAUAUAAAUUUACCUCAACAUAGAAUAGGUGUUAACCAUAUAAUUGAAGAGGAUUUAACAGUUUUUACACAUCUUUCAAUUUUAAAAGUAUCAGGUGGAAUUCAAUUAUCAACUUCAUUUUUUGAUAAUAUUACUAAAUUAAAUUAUUUAACUGAUAUAAAUAUAAAUAAUCAAAGUCAACCAAUUUCAAAUAAUACAAAAUUACCAGAAUCAUUAAAUAAAGUAUUUUUUAAUUAUUUAUCAGUUAAAUUAGGAAAUGGUUGGUUUGAGUCAAAUAUAACUGAAUUAACAAUAGUUAGACCUCAAAUUGGAUAUGGGUUACCAAAUAAAUUAAAUAAAUACAAUGAUAGAUUAUUGAAAUUAAAUUUAGCUUUAACUCAUUAUUAUCCAAGUUUACCAUUAAGAAUGGGUCAAUAUUUAUUAAAUCUAACAUAUUUAGAAUUUGCUAUUUUCAAUGACAUUUCUUUAAAUCAAGAUUAUAAGAAUUUUACUAUUCCAACUUUUACAAACCCAUUUAAAAAACUUGAUAAAUUUGUUGUUAUUUUUUAUAACAGUAGAGAAAAAUAUCAAAUAUUUAAUAUAGUAUCGUCAUUUUUAAAUUUAUCAACAUCUUUAACAAAUUUUCAAACAUUUGGUUUGGGUUUUGAAAUUUCACCAAAUAUUAGUUUACUUGAUUUUUCUUAUUUAAAUCCAGGUUUUAAUUUUAAUAUCGAAACUUGUAGUUUAAUUGAAAAAUGUAAAAAUAAUUGCUUUAAAUUACCAGAAAGUUCAUCAUUAAGAACAUUUGGAUGUUCAUAUAAUAUUAGUUUAAUUAAUUUUAAUAAUAUUUCAAGUAUAGAGGUGCAAUAUAAUAAUUUUCUUCAAAAAUUACCAACCAAUUUCAAUGAAACAAAAUUAAAAAAUUUAAUAAUUCAAGAUUCAACAAUUUUUGGAUCAAUUCCAAAAAGUUAUUGUUCAAUUAGUUCAAUUAAAAUUAAUUAUUUAAAAAUAGAUGGAGAAAUACCAUCAUGUUUUCAAUGUUUGGGUGGUGAAAAAGGUGGUGAGAUGAUAUUACCAAAUCAAUUUUUAGAUUUUGGUUACUAUGUAGAUCCAGUCUGUAAAAACUUUAAAGUAUUUGAAACCUUUGAUAAAGUAUUUUUAGUUGAUACAAAUGGUACUAAUAUUUAUAUAACUGGUGUCGAUUUGGGAUGGGAUAUUAAAAGUAUCAGUAAUAAUGAUAAUAAUAAUUAUAAUAGUAAUAAUAAUAAUAACAACAAUAAUAAUGUCUAUUUUAUAAUACCAAAUAGUAAAUUUGUAAUUGAAAUUCCAAUUGGAGUUGGAGUUAAUCAUUCAACUACUUUUACAUUUGAAAAUACAAAAAUUUCAAAAACUCUUUAUUAUAAUUAUAAACCACCAAUAAUUUCACAUUAUUCUUGUUUUACUGAUGAAUAUGGUAUUGAAAAAUUGGUUCUAUAUGGUAGUGGUUUCGAUUUUACUGGUAAUGGUAAUAUACUUUUAGUUAAUAAUAAUUUUCCAUUCAUUACUUACACUGACAUUGAAAGUGGUACUAUAUCAUCCCCAUAUUUUGAUUUUAUUCAUCAACAACUAGUCGAGGGCCAAAGUUAUAAUUUUACAAUAUCAGUUGGUGGUCAAAAAUCAAAUAUGACUACUUUUUAUUAUUUUAAAUCAAUUACUAUUAAUAACGAAAACAAUAAUGCAACUAUAAAAUUAAAUAACACUGGUGGAUUCAUUCAAUUGAAUGGUACAUUCUCAACAUUUGAUCGUAAUUUAGUAUCAGUUAAAAUUAAUGGUAUUCCAUUGAGAGUAGUAGAUGUUACAAAUUCAACAUUACUUUUAAUUUAUCCACCAAUAACUCUAAUCAAUAGUAAUUAUAAUAAAACUGCAAAUUAUAGUGGUUUAAAUUUAAUUUUAAAUGUUGGUGGACAUCAAUAUAAAACUAUUAUUGAUUUUAUUUAUAAUCCUGAUGCAUCAAAUGAAACAGAUAAAAUAUUCCCAAUUCCAAGACCACCACAUAUAAUAACACCAAAUCCAACCACACCAAAUAAUACAAGCAAUGAACCAAUUCCAAAUCCAACGGAACCAAAUAAUACAAGUAGUGAACCAAUUCCAAUACCAAUACCAAAUAAUAUAACAACAGGAGGAAAUAAUAAUACAACCACUGGUUUUGAUACAAUUACAGAGGGUGGGGGUUUCACGACAACAGUGGAUAAGGUAAUAUCCAGUAGUCAAACUAUAACAGGUAAUGGGAUAACUACAAGUACCAACAUCAAUGGUGAAAUAGUUAGUGGAGCAACAACUAAUGGAAUAACACAAAAUAGACCUACAGGAUUUGAGAUUUCAACAUUUUUAUUAACAACCAUCUCAUUCGAUAAUAGUGUAAAUAAUCACAAAAAAAAUAAAUAA